GACCAAUCGGGUUAGUGAGACUGGACGGAGGGGCUGGCCCACCGAGUCUGCCUCUCAGUUUACAGUCAAUGCCGUUAACUGGGUGAAGAUGCAGAGCUAGUUAUUGACUUUUGGGAUGUUUUCACAUAACGCCAAUGUUGACCAAUGCAUAUUGGUAGUUUGGUGGCCAACGGAAGCACCGACGGAUUUGAGGUCAAGUUGGAAAAUAAUGGUAGCGGUAACCGUGUGGCACCAAUAGAGGAUGUGCCAUGUAUGCUAGCCUGAGAUGAGAAUUAAACCCAGCCGCAACUUCCUGCUGGGCCUGUGCUCCUUGCUGGCCCUGGGAUGGCUCUACUACUGGUCAUGGUGGAUCAGCUCUGGAAGCUGGGGCCACAAUUCACUGUAUGAUAAGCAAGGGUUCCUUCUGAAGCUGGAUGGUAGUCUGCCAUUGGAGCUGAUGUUAAAAUACGGCAAUCUCAGCAAGGGAGCCUGUAAGCCUGGUUUUGCAGCUGCCAAGAUGACAGCCAUUUAUCCAAAGUUCACCAAACUGGCGCCCAUGUUCCUUGAUCAAAAUUACAAAAGAUUCUCCAAGAUUAGUCAUUAUUUGCCUCCGUUUGGUGUAAAAUCACAAGAGAAGCUCAUAGACAUUCUUCUGGCAGCUACUCAGAGCUACGGCCUUGGGAAAAAACUGGACAGCAAGAAGUGUAAGACAUGCAUCAUAAUAGGAAACGGAGGGAUCCUCGCCAACAAGUCUCUGGGAAAGAGGAUUAAUCAGUUUGAUGUGGUGAUCAGGUUGAAUCAGGCCCCAGUGAAAGGCUUUGAGAACGAUGUUGGCUCCAAAACCACCAUGAGGAUCUCCUAUCCAGAGGGGGCCAUCCAGAAGAUGGAUGGCUACGAGUCUGAGUCCCUGUUUGUCCUCUCGGCCUUUAAACCUCUGGACUUCAAGUGGCUCUUACACAUGGUUUUCAAGCAGAAACUGCGCAGCACUGAAGGCUUCUGGAAGUCAGUGGCCAUGCAAGUUCCGAGAGACCCCAGCGACAUGCGCAUCCUAAACCCCUACUUUAUCCAGGAGGCUUCCUUCAAAUUCAUUGGUUUACCUUACAACGGUGGAAUGAUGGGCAGAGGGAAUAUCCCAACCUUGGGGACAGUUGCCAUAACGAUGGCCCUUCAUAACUGUGAUGAAGUAGCUGUAGCUGGAUUUGGUUACAACAUGGACACCCCCAAUGCCCCUAUGCACUACUAUGAGAAGAUCAGGAUGUCAGCCAUCAAGGAGUCCUGGACUCACAACAUAUCGAAAGAGAAGGAGUUCCUGCUGAAGCUGGUCAAGGCUGGGGUCAUCCAGGACUGGACCAAUGGCAUCUGUGGUGCACGAUGCUGAUGGUCUGCACUCAGGAUGCAGCACUGUGUCCACCUUCCCCUGCUCCAGCAACUGAAGAGGGGGCCGAGAGGCCGGGUGGGCCCCGGUCCCAGCAGAGAGCAGCAGCGUUCACACACUGCUCUUGGUGCAGAGACAAUGUGUGUAUAUGAGGCUUAUUGAUCGGAACACUCUGCCCCAGUGUCACAUAUCAAAGUAUUGCAAGUAAUAAGCCUCAGGUUACUGUAUAUUUACAUGGUUUAGUGCCCUGGUUCAGUGUUUUGGCGAUCAAAGCAACACGUAGACCUGGCUGCCCUCCUACGGUGUUGGGUUUAAACAUUGUUCCUGUGCCAAGAAUACCUCUACAAGUGUCCUUCUGCUCGCACAUCUGAAUGUAAUCCGCAAUACACGUAGAGUCUCUUAUUUAUAUUGUCCAGUUUCUGUAGUGAACAGGGUGCAUACUACACUACACGUGACUCAGCCGUCCUAGACCGGUCUCUGAAGCCUGUGGGUAAACCCGUUCUGUCAGAGCGACAUGGCAAUCAUCAGAGCUUUAGUUGAGUCGGUAUAAAACUAGAAUAAGCGCUGCCUCAGCAUGGACAUCACGCUCAAAGGCAAAAUCCAGCAUACUGAAGGAUUGCUAAUGCAUUGAUGUGCUGGAUAGUGUUGGACAGGGUUAUGAUGAUGAUGCUGGAUGUGAAGACUAGAGAUGUUUAGAUACCAAAACCAGUAUCGGGAAAAGACUCUUAUACUGCCUAAAAUGCUGGAAUUGGUGUUGGCGAGUACUGGAGAUACCAGAUAAUUUAGCCCUGAAGAAGAAGUUUAUUUAUGUUCUUUUUCCAUUAUGAGUCACUGUCACACUGGAUAAUACUAGAAAGCUCAACGGCGUUCAUUGAUUGUGUGUUUGUUCAUGUUUCACACUGAGUUCAACAACAAUGAUAGCAAUCAUAUCACAACCAUAUAGAAUAGUAGUAUACAGCUGUUGGUAAAAUAUAUGACACACUGGUGUCAAAUCGCUACUCAGUAUCAGCUGAUACGCAAGUUCAGGUAUCAGAAUCUGUAUCAGGAAGUUAAAAAAAAUUGUAUCGGACCAUCUCUAGUAAAGACCCACUCAGUCCUUCUCUUAACAGGAUCUAAAAACUCACUGAUCUCACUUUUUUAUUUGCUGUUUGCCCAGAAUAACAGCAAAACACCAAAACGUUCUCCCCACUCUCUUCACUCGGCCCGGCCGAGGGCUGCUAUCUCAGGCCCCAGACAUCACUCACACAGUGUUACUAUCACAGACGUACAUAAAGCAUACGUACACUGAACAAAAUUAUAAAUGCAACACUUUUGUUUUCAUCCUAAUUAUUCAUGAGCUGAACUCAAAGAUCAAAGACUUUUCUAUGUACACCAAAGGAUUAUUUCUCUCAAAUAUGGUUCACAAAUCUGUCUAAAUCUGUUAGGGAGCACUUCUCCCUUGCCGAGAUAAUCCAUCCACCUCACAGGUGUGGCAAAUCAAGAUGCUGAUUGGACAGCAUGAUGACUGCACGUGCGUGCCUUAGGCGGGCCACAAUAAAAGGCCACUCUAAAAUGUGCAGUUUUACUGUAUUGCGGGGGUCCGGGUGGUCCGAAAACCAGUCAGUAUCUGGUGUUAGAGUUAGGGUUCAUCCCUCUCUCUCUCUCUCUCUCUCUCUCUGUCUCUCUCGACCUGACCACAGUUUGUCAUUAAAACCAAGUUGAGUGGGCAAAUGCUCACAUUUGAUGGUGUCUGGCACUUUGGAGAAGUGUUCUCGUCACAGAUGAACCCUAACCCUAAAACCAGACACUGACUGGUUGCCCCCCCCCCACACACAAUUCAGUAAAACUGCACAUUUCAGAAUGGCCUUUUAUUGUGGCCAGCCUAAUGCACACCUGUCUGAUAAUCAUGCCGUCUAAUCAACUUCUUGAUAUGCCACACCUGUGAGGCGGAUGGAUUAUCUCGGCAAAGGAGAAGUGCUCACCGACAGAUUUGUGAUCGAUAUUUAAGAGAAAUAAGACUUUUGUGUACAUAGAAAAAGUCUUAGACCUUUGAGUUCAGCUCAUGAAAAAUGAGAGCAAAAACAAAAGCGUUGCGUUUAUAAUUUUGUUCAGUACAUACUGUUUAUGUCACUUUAUUUACUAAGAUCAACUCCAUUUUGAAGUUUGUGUUGCUUUAUUCACUCUGGCCUGCAUAGUUUGUGGAUGCUGGUCAGAUGCUCAAUCCAAAGUAUUCCCAUAUUUAUUGUAGGUUAUUCACAAGAACGCAUUACACAAUAAAGAUUUAAGGAUGCUG